CCUCCGGAAAUUUGUUUCAAGGUCAAUUUUAACAAUAAAAAUAUCGAUAAUAACAAGCAGUGAAGUCAGAAAGUUUAGAUUGCAAGGUAUUUAAGAGGAAAAUAAGCCACAAACUUCAUAAGAAACAAAGAUGCUGCGUUCUGUGUCAACAGAAAUGCUCCGCACAGUCCCCAGAUUUGAUCUGAAGGCAACUCUUUCGAAGUCGAAAGGUAUCUUGUCAGCAAGUCGCCCGUUUUCAACUGACCCAGUCCAAGAUGAAGAUAACUUGACCUUCUCACAGACUGUUGACAAGUUUUACGACAAGGCAGCGACACUCCUCGAAGAAAAACUGGUGGACAACAUGAAAGGCAAACUCUCAAAGGAAGAUAAAAGGAAGAAAGUGAGGGGAAUCUUGAAAAUUAUCAAACCUUGCAAUCACAUGGUAGAAAUCAGUUUCCCUCUUCGCCGUGACAAUGGGGAGUAUGAAAUGAUAGAGGCUUGGAGAGCUCAACACAGUCAGCACAGAACACCAUGCAAAGGAGGUAUAAGAUACAGUCCUCUAGUAGAUGAAGAUGAAGUGAAGGCCUUAGCUGCACUUAUGACGUAUAAAUGUGCUGUAGUUGAUGUACCUUUUGGUGGUGCUAAAGCAGGAGUUAAAAUUAAUCCAAAUGAUUACUCUGAGAAGGAGCUGGAAAAGAUUACUCGUAGAUUGACUGUGGAACUAGCAAAGAAAGGAUUUAUAGGACCUGGCAUUGAUGUACCUGCACCAGAUAUGGGAACAGGAGAACGGGAGAUGAGUUGGAUUGCUGAUACCUACUCUAAUACAUUAGGUUAUAACGAUAUGAAUUCGUCAGCAUGUGUAACAGGUAAACCAAUCACACAGGGAGGAAUACAUGGCCGUACAUCAGCAACAGGAAGGGGUGUAUUCCAUGGUAUUGAGAACUUCAUUAUGGAGGCUAGUUAUACCAGCAUGAUUGGUCUCACUCCAGGAUUCAAUGACAAAACCUUCAUCAUUCAGGGAUUUGGAAAUGUAGGACUUCACAGUAUGAGAUAUCUCCACAGAGCAGGUGCUAAAUGUGUUGGAGUUAAGGAAAUUGACUGCAGUAUAUAUAACAUAGAUGGUAUUAGUCCAAGGGAAUUAGAAGAUUACAAAAUUGAAAAUGGUACAGUUAAAGGGUUCCCCGGUGCUCAGGAGUAUGAUGGUGACUUGUUGCUGGAGAAAUGUGAUAUACUUGUUCCUGCUGCUAGUGAAAGACAGCUUACCAAAGAAAAUGCUCAUCUGGUUCAGGCUAAGAUAAUUGCUGAAGGUGCUAAUGGACCAACUACAAUGGGAGCAGACAAGAUUUUCCAUGAAAGAAAUAUCCUGGUUAUUCCUGAUCUCUACAUAAAUGCUGGUGGUGUCACUGUAUCUUACUUUGAGUGGCUUAAGAAUUUGAACCAUGUCAGUUAUGGCAGACUCACAUUCAAAUAUGAAAAGGACUCAAAUUAUUAUUUGCUUGAAAGUGUACAGAGAUCACUAGAGAGGAAGUUUGGUAAACAAGGUGGAACUAUACCUAUCCAAGCAUCUGAUGAGUUUGAAAAAAGAAUAUCUGGUGCUUCUGAAAAAGACAUAGUACAUUCAGGAUUAGAAUACUCAAUGGAAAGAUCUGCCAGGAAUAUCAUGAGGACAUCUAUGACCUACAAUCUCGGUUUAGAUCUACGAACAGCAGCAUUUAUAACCUCUGUAGAAAAGAUCUUCAAAGUUUAUGAAGAAGCUGGACUUACAUUUACAUAAAAACUAGGUUUUAGCAGCUUUUGAAUAUGUAGUCAGUUGUUGGGGGCAAUAUAUGAUGAGAAGGUUUUAGUUGUCUUAUGCAAUAAUUUUUUGUUUAGAAAAAUUACAUUGAAUCAAGUUAAUAAAAACCAUUGUUUUAAAUAAAUGUAAUAAAAACCAAAGAAGGGCAUAUUUUUCUAUACUUUUAGUAAUUACUAAAUCAGUUAUGAUUAAGAAAAAAUAUAGGUAUGUUUUUGUAUAUGAAUCUCAUCUCAGCAAUGUAUUCAACUGCAGCUUUUUGAAAAAAAAUGGGUGCAAUUCAAGGUUGGAACAGGUUUUACAAUGUUUAGUAGGGUGGUUAUUUGAAAAGGACAAAAAAUCAAAAUCAAAAGAACUGUACAAUACAUGUAUAAUCUUUAUUAGACCAAAAUGCAUUUUAUAUUAUUCUGCCUCAAAAUUUUGCAUAUUAUGAAAAUGCUUUUACGUAAUCCAUAUUAUCUGUCAAUUGGUUAUUUCAAUUAUAAUUUUGAUUAAUGCUAUUGAAUAUGUGAUCCCUAUUUAGAAUAAGAUUGUAGACCGAAAUCAUCAUUAAAAAUGGCUACCAACAAUUUUAGAAAUUAAUAUUUGACAUAGAAACUGAUUGAAAAAAUUAGAAAAAGAACUUGUAUCAUUAAAUAUGAAGUUGGGAGAUGAGUUAAAUAUAGGAUGUUGUCUUGUUAUUUACUAUUUGGACCCAAUGUUGCUGCAUUGUUUCUAAGGUGGCUGCUCUCUUUAAGGAAACAUUUUUUUGUAGUCAUAUUUAUAGACAAAACAGAAUAGUUUAAAUAGUUUUUAAUCAACUUUAGAAUUUAACUGACCAGUUGAAAGAAACAUAAAAAAGCUUGAGUACUAUAUAGCCUUGAAGUGAUUUGGUAUUUUGCUAUGAUUUUAUUUGUUUUGUCAGUCAGAAAUUGUUUCUUGUAUUACAAUCCUUAUCUGCCUCUUAUUGUUAAGUUCUUGUUAAAACAUGUCUUUUAAAUGUCAAUUUUGUUAUUUGGUGUUGUGAUAGACCAAAGUGUGAUACAAGUAUUGUUUGAAUUUAAGUCAACUUUGUAUGUAGAGUGCAUGUUUAUUUAAAGUAAUGAAUACUGUAAGGUGUGUCUGUUUGGAAAUUGUUUAUUAAGCGUUUCUUUGAUUUAAAUUGAGUGUGAAUAGAACAGACCAUUUUUUUUUCCUGGUCGAAAUUUUUUAAAUUCUGUUUCUGUCAGCAUAUAAGAAAACAUAAAAUCUAUUUACAAGAACAUGAAUAUUUAGGAGAACCAAUUACCGGUAUGUACAAAGUAUGACUUGACCAAAAAUACUUGCUAUCCAUUAAAAUCAGUAAAAGUAAAAUUAAUGCAUUUAAAGAAAUAUAUGAUAUAUUAAACAGAACUUGCAUGAAAUGAUCUUUAAACAAUGUUAACUUUCUGGACUUAGAUAAGGAAAUCAAAGUAUAAUUUCUUUGCAAGGUCAAACUACAUGUAUUAGAUUCAUGCUUUUAGUUUUUAUAUUUAUAUUACAGUGUGAAAGUUUGUAUGGAUGUAAUUUUAAAUAGUUAACUUGGACUCAUUUUGCAGCAAUUUAAGUUGUGUAGUUCAAUUCUGUGUAUGUAAUAUGGAAUACAAUAUUUUAAUUCCAAGACUCGUUAAAUGAAUUUGAUGAAAUUUAGGAUUGAAUUUAAAUUUUUUGUUGUAUUUUAGGUAUACAUCUAUUUUGAAAUCUUGUUAAUGUUUAUGUAUUUAUAUAACCAUCUAUGAAUGUUCUUCCCAUAUGGUUAUUUAGAAUAUUCAUAGAGACUUAGCAAUCUCAAAGAAUUAUUCUAUAGAAUCUGUGCCUAUAUUUUUACAAUUUUCUCCAAUUUAAUAAGCAUUUUUGGAAAACUGCAACAGUCUAACCUAAAUAUUGGCAUUAGUAAUUGAUAUUAGUUAUACUAAGUUCAGAGGUUAAGAAAUAGGAAAUUAAAAUGAUAUUACUACUUGCACAAAUUUAAGAUAUAUUUAUCCAAGGGCUCACUUAUACUUAGAAAACAACCAUUGCACAGUGUUUGUGCAAAAGUGGCAAGAAAAACCAAUUUAACUUCAAUGCUCAUUUUUUAUAGUAAACUUUUAUGUUUUGCAGUCCUUAAUAGUAUCUAUAAGAACAUGAUGUAUGGAAUAAAAAAAGUGAUUGCUUGAACUGCAUAGAUUUAUAUAGAAAAUUGGUUGCCUGAUCACAUAACCUUUUGUUACUUUGGUUUUAAACCGACACAAUUACAUACUUUUAAUGUCAGAAUGAAUUUGUUUAAAAAUAUCAAAAUAAGGUACAAAGUUCACUAUAAUGAAGUUAUACCUUUUUUAUUAAAAAUUCAGCUUCAUUGUUAUUUCAAUAUGGUUUAAUUUAAGGUCCCUUUUUCCAUUGUGGCCAGUUUCAUUUGCAUAUAUCAUUGAAAAAUGUGUGGUGUAUUAGUAUGGUGAACUGCUUGUAUGAUAUAUGUAGAACUUGCACUACUUUUUUUUAAGAAUGUUAGUCAAAAAUUUAUAUAUAUUCGUUUAGUAAAUGUUUAUCUGACAGUUUUAUUUGCACAAUUUUGUAGUGAGUUAUGCACACAUAGAAUAACAUGUAUUUGAAAGUAACCACCAUAUCAUCAUAAAGCUGAUUGAAUCUUAAAAGUUUACUCCUCAUUUUUUAUUUAUAAUAAAAGGUAUUAUCAGUAAAA